AUGAACAAGGAGGCUUUUGAAAGGCUUCCCCAGGAAAAGAAAAAGAUUAUAGAAACGGCCUAUUUCAGUGCAGUUCGGAAGGAGAUAUCGGCAUCCCAGUUUUUCGGUGUUUGCAAAGAAGCACUGACCAAGGAGCAGUUUGAAAGUUUGUUUUCAAACAACACACCAAACAAGGAGCAGCAGGAGGAGAUGAAAACAGAGCAUCUUCAAGACAUCAUACAGUAUUCUGGAGUAGACCUGAAGGAAGAGGCCGAGCACAUUGUCCGAGAAACGGAGACAAAUAUUAACUUUGGCGAGUACGAUGAAGAGGAUGCAAAUGAUCAAAUAGGGAGUUUACUGAAUGUGCCACAGUUUAGGGAGUUUAUAGCUAGAAUUGGGAAUUCAAGAAGGGUAGGGGUCAGUGAAGAGUCAUUUUUCCUGUUGUUUCAGGUUGUCAGAAGAAAGAUACUGGACACUGUGGAGAAGAUGGAAGAGUCUAGUAAAUGGAGAGUUGAGUACAAUUUGUCUGAGUUUAUAAUAAGGAUAAAUAAUGAUCUCAGCAGGCAACUGUGGUGCCUUGAGCAGAUAGAAAAAGCUGAACUUGAAAAGUUUACCAUUAGGAGAGGAGAAGAAGAAGGAAAGAAAAAGGUAAAGAAGACUAUUCAAGAGAGGGAGGACCUGGUCAUUAAGAAGAGACUGAGCAACACUGUUGCUCUAGCAGCCCUUGGUGUGCAACAAAAGUCAUGGAUGAGUGCAGAAGAUGUUCGAGUGAACGAAGAAAGCACAGCCUUCAAUUCGAUUUAUUCUCCAUUUGAUGAGAAAGCGUUGGAAAGAAAGGUAGCAAACAGAACAAUAACUAUGAAGGAUCUUCUGUAUGUACUAGAAAGAGACAGGAGAUAUAACAAGUCCAUCUUCACCAUUCAGCAUUAUUUCAGAUAA